UCUAAAACAUUUUCUUUCUCUCUCUAUACUUAACUUGCCUAAGGACAAACAAGAACCACCAAACCAAAUCCAAACCAAAAAAAAAUUGGAUCUUUCAUCAUCACCAUGUUCAUCAACACACGAAUGAACAAGCAAGAAUAGUGUAGUGUUCUGAGCUUGAGAUCGCUAGCUAGCUAUACCUUCAAAGUUGGAAGCUUUGUGCAAGCUAGCUAGCAGUGUGGUCCAUGAGGAGGCGAGCAAGUGGUCCAUGAGCAACCCCUCCUCGCCGGCCACUGCCACCGCCGGGGAGCAGCACGACCAGGAUCAGGGGCUGCAAGCUCCGGACGAGCACUCCGCCGCUGGCAUUAUUCCCGACGACGAGGACAAGCUGUCGCCGCCGAGGUGCGAAUGGGAGUUCCGGCUCGCGGCCACCGUGCCGUCGCCGGCGCUUGCGGGCGCGUCCGACACCAUCGGCAGCGUCGACUUCGACCCCACCGGCCGCCACCUCGCCACCGGCGGCAUCGCCCGGAAGAUCCGGGUAUACAGGGCCGCCGAGCCGUCUAGCCCCGCGGGCUGCAUCUGCGUGCCGGCCAAGCUGAGCAGCGUGCGGUGGCGGCCGGCGGCCGGCGAGGCCGCGGUGGCGCACGUGGGGUGUGGUGAUUAUGACGGUGUGGUGACGGAGUACGACGUGGAGCGCGGCGUGCCGGUGUGGGAACGCGACGAGCACGAGGGGCGCCGGGUGUGGGCGCUCGACUACGCCGGCGGCGGCGCGGCGAUGGUGGCGUCCGGGUCGGACGACCGGACGGCCCACGUGUGGGACCCGCGGGCGCCGGCCGGCACCACGGGGUGGGCGACGGCGCGCGCCGGCGGCGCGGUGCUCUGCGUGGAGUUCGACCCCGCCGGCGGGCCGCAGCUGGCGGUGGGGUCGGCCGACCGGCGCGCCGUGGUGUACGACGUGCGCGCGCUGGGGCGCGGCGCGGUGGCGUCCAUGGACGGGCACGGGCGCGCGGUGACGUACGUGCGGUGGGCGUUGCCGGCGGCGGCGCGGCGGGUGGUGACGUCGGCGGCGGACGGCACCCACCGGCUGUGGGCGCUGCAGGCGGAGGCGGCGGAGGAGGGUUGGUCGUGCCCGGCGAGGGAGGUGCGGUCGUACAGCGGCCACGUCAGCGGGCGAAGCUUCGUGGGCAUGGGGGUGUGGCGUGGUGCGGGGCUGAUCGCCAGCGGCUCCGAGUCCGGCCACGUCUUCGUCUACGACCUCCGCUGGUCCAAGCCCAUCUGGGUCCACCCAUUCGCCGCCGCCUUCGUCACCGCCGUCGCCUGGCGCCAGGCCGUCGACAACGACGACGGCGAUGGCCACCUCGUCGCCGGCGGCUCCGACGGCGUGCUCAAGCUCUUCACCUGCCACCGCCGCCUCAGCUCCGACGUCGCCGCCGGCGACGACGACGACGACGUGACUGCAUGCUAGCUAGUGAGCAACGCAUCACAUUACACCCUUCUCCAUUAAUUACUCAUCACGUACCACAAAGUGUGUUCUUGUUUAAUCACCAACUUUAUUUUUUUUCUCCUUUCAUUUUCUUCUUUUCUUUCCUCUAAAAGAAAGAGAUUGAUGUAAUGGUCAAGUUGUUAGAGAGAAUUACUGAUGGAUGGAUGGAGAUUCUUUUUCUUUUCUUUUUCUUUUUCCUUUUCUUUACCCUUUUUGAUUCGAUCGGUGAUGUGAUCGAUGUGUUCCUGACCGUGUACACGCUGAUUUAUUCUUUAAACAAGAAUAAUUAUGCAUUAAUAAAUUUCCAU